AUUAAUAUUGUUUGAUUGUAUGCAACAGCUAGUGACGGUCUGAAAAUCAAUUUAUUUAAUUUGUAAUCUUAUUUUUGUCUUUUGGACAGAUUCAGAAUCCCAAUGAUGCAGCCCACCGAAAGGAUUCUGCGAACAAGGGGAGAAAUUUUUUAACACUGCUCUCCCGAAAGGAUGUUCUGUACUUCAUGUUCUUCCUGUGGGACGUAGUAAAUUGCUUGUCUACUGUCUCAGAAGCCUUCCAGCAAAGAGAUGUCACUAUAGCGGAUGUGUAUCAAGAACUUGAGGCAGCAAAAUGCAUCCUUGAAAAAUACAAAGCCAGGGAUGGACCAAAACUCAAGAUGGUCAUAGGUCUGGAUGAGUACAACGACAAGGGACAAGUACUGAAAGGCCAGUCAACAUCCUUUACUUCCUACAGAAAGAGGCUGAUUGAUGGCUUGCUGAAAAGUCUGGGUAGUCAGUUUGAGGUGGACGAGAACCUCAUGAAAGCUGCAACCAUAGUGAAACUGGAGUUGUGGCCUCAGCUACUAUCUGAAGACCAAGAUUUUGGAGAUGACAAGGUCGCUGUACUUCUUGGUAAGCUUGCUCCAGCACUGGAUGCAGCUGGUAUGGACAGCAACCAGAUAGAGCCAGAGUUCACCAGACUCAAGUGCCUUCUGUACCAGAGCUACCCAGAUAUCAAAUCGCUCUCCUGGGAAACAAUCAACAGGGGCAUGGUGGCCAAAUGUCCCAACAUCCUUGCGCUAAUCGACCUGGUCUUGACAUUCCCUGCUGGCAGCGUGGAGGCUGAGAGAGGGUUUAGCCAAAUGGGAAUCGUGAAAAACGACUGGAGGAGUUGUUUGCUCGACAGUAAUCUGUCAGAUUUACUGAUGGUCUUAUUGGAAACCCCGGAGGUUGGGGAGUUUGAUCCGAGCGAAGCCAUCCACCUAUGGAAUUCAGCAGGCAGCAGAGCCAGAAGACCAAAUUACAUGGAGGAUGCUGGUGAUGUAGAGGAGGAGGAGGAGGAAGACUUUGUCCCUGAUGAGGAGUUACAGCAGCUGGAAGACAAGGCCAAUGAUGACCUUGCCUUCAGCAUGCCGGACGACUGA